GCUGGCAUGGCCCAUCGUUUUGAAGACGUUCCUAUUUAAGGAAAUGGCGGUUCAGCGUCAAACGAAAUGCAACAGCAAUAACUGGGGAAGGAGGGGAUGCGUUUCGGAGAGAAAAUCUAAAAGGAAUUUUUCCAUACAAAUCUUCAGAUUCGGAGCAGAUGGCGGAGGGGAAUGUGCAAUCGAGGUACGUGAGGUUGACCAAAGAUCAGGCGCCGGCGGAAGAUAUCAAUCCCGGAGAACUCAAUCAACCCAUUCAAGUCCCUCAGCUAAUUGUUCAUAGAUGCCCUGAAUGCCAGCAACCUCUACCUGAGAGUUAUGAGCCGCCAGCUGAUGAAGAUUGGACUUCUGGAAUUUUUGGUUGUGCUAAAGAUACUGACAGUUGCUGGACUGGUCUCUUUUGCCCAUGUGUGUUGUUUGGGCGUAAUGUGGAAACAUUGAGGGAGGACAUUCCCUGGCAGAACGCAUGUGUAUGUCAUGCCAUGUGUGUUGAAGGUGGAAUGGUACUUGCAGCAGCAACAGCAAUGUUCCAUGGUAUUGAUCCUAAAACUUCAUUUCUCAUUUGUGAGAGCUUGUUAUUUGCUUGGUGGAUGUGUGGAAUCUACACUGGUCUCUUUCGUCAAUCUCUGCAGACGAGAUAUCAUCUCAAGAAUUCACCUUGCGACCCAUGCCUUGUGCACUGCUGCCUGCAUUGGUGUGCCCUGUGUCAGGAGCACAGUGAGAUGAAGAGCCAUUUAUCUGAUAAUGCAAAUCCAUCCAUGACCAUCGUUAACCCUCCACCAGUGCAGGAGAUGAACUCGGGUGAGAAGCGGGAGUCUGAACUGACUGUAGUGGCUUCUGCCUCUGCACCUUUUACUGAAAAUGGUGGACAAACCAAUUUGCAGCUGCAGCCAAUAUAGAGUUUGUCAUCUGCCGUGUACAGAAUUCCAAAAAAGAAGUGAAGUAACAUCUGCAGGAAUAUGAAAAUCAAAUGAUACCAGACUGCUAAAUUUGCUCGCCGGGGGAUAUUUCAUGUUUCAGAGAGUUUCUUUUGGUGGAUACAAGAAACUAUAGCUAAAUUUACUCAUAAAUUAUUGCAGAGAGUUAGUUUACAGGCUUCAAGCUGCCAUUAGUAAGUUUAUGAAUGUGUUGGGGCUCCAUAUAGUGCAGAUAUUGAAUGUUCCCAGAUAACAUCUGCUGCAAUUUCUUCAGUCAGCUUUGCUAUUGUUUUCAAUUGUCUAGUGAAUCUGUGAUCAUAUCGUUCACAAUUUAUUUUUAAUUAUGAAUUUCUCUGAGAACCAUAAGAUCA